GAAAAUAUGUACAAAUCAUUCUCACACUACAUGUUCAUUCCUGCCGCUCUUCUUUCUUUCCGAAAGAGUGUAUGCAGGUAUCCAAUAAGAGCCCGCUUUACAUCCGCUUUGCAUUACUCAGGACGAACUGCGCUGUGGAGGUUUAUGCUAGUCACAUGAUACUAGCAAACUCAGCCAAUCUUCAUGUUUUUAGCACGUUCUCAUCUGCGUUUCUUGCGAUGGGGCAAGCAAUCAUCACGCCGAUGUUUUGCAAACAGUACAACAGUAACUGCAUCCGAAACUAAUACCGAAGCGGAUGAUAUAGCAUACCCUAGCUUACAGAGUGUAGAACAUCAUGAUCUGCCCAGUUUUCUAGAAUAUGCAUCACGCAACAACAUGGACACAGGCAGUACUACAUAUGUAGGGACUCACUAUGAAUAUAUGGUUAAGCAAGCACUGGAGCGAUUGGGAAUGUCUCUCAGGCAAGUCGGUGGAAGAUCAGACUGUGGCAUCGAUCUUCUUGGAACAUGGUCAUUACCCACAGCUCCCCAGCCAUUAAAAGUCCUCAUACAAUGCAAAGCAUUUGCGUCCAAGAUUAAACCAGCUCAAGCUCGUGAACUAGAAGGGACCUUUGUAGGUGCUCCGCAAGGUUGGAGAACACCUGGUGUGAUGGCAUUUUUAGUAUCGCAGCAAGCAGCAACCAAAGGUGUAAGAGAAGCUCUAGGCAGGAGUCAAUGGCCGAUGGGUUAUGUACUGUGCGGGGCGGAUGGAAAGGUCAUGCAGAUGUUGUGGAACCGAAAGGCAGCUGAUGAAGGUUUGGGGGGCUUAGAAGUUGAGAUGCAGUAUGCUGGUGGUGAUCGGAAUGAAAAGGAAGUCAUUUUGACACACAAGGGAACGGCUAUCAAAAAUUGAAACAUUGUUUGAUGCGACCAAAGUCAGUGCAUUUUUCUGCAACGAGACAUCAGACGGAUCGUUUGCUCUUCAGUCCCGAAAGAGCAGCAAUUGCUUCAGCAAAUAGCUUGUCGUCUUUGUCCCACGGUCGACAAAAUUUGGGUUGGGAAUACAUUUGCGAAGAGGUCCCA